GCCUAAAAAACGAAGAAGAAUGAGGCGCAGCAGUAGAAGAAGAGACCCGGAGCAGGAAGUGUCUGUUCAUAUCGGCCCCAUGUGAUACUGCGCACUCGUUCAUUCAUUCUGCAAACGACAACUUUGGCGAACCUGUUAUCUUUCUUUCCAAAAUAAACCAAAGAAGAAAGCUGCGGCGUCUCUGUACGCGACCAGUAAGAGCCUAGCUAGCUAACGUAGAAAUUGCGCUAAAGUUGUUCGGAAAAAAAUUCAUCUGUAGCCACUGAUCACAGAAUCCUAAUGAAAAGUGCAGUGGAUACGAGCAUGAUCAAGGAGAACCGGUGGGACGUCCCCCCUAAUGCCCCAGCAUGCAUGGAGAAGCAUCUGAGCUCUGCGCAAUACAGAGCAGAUGGCACUCUGCUGCUCGGUGCCUCCAGCCUCACUGGCAGGAGCUGGCAGGGAUCAGUUUGGAUCUACAGUGACCCAAAGCAGGCCCCCGAUGAGGACCUCUGCAAAGCUGGUGUGCAGACUGAGACUGGAGUCACAGAUGUCAAAUGGGUAUCAGAAAAGGCUAUUGUUGUUGCAUCAGACUCGGGUGCCUUGGAGCUCUGGGAACUGGCAGAGGAUGAACGUCUACUGGUGAAUCGCUUCACCAAACAUGAGCACGACCACAUUGUCACGACAGUGAGCCCAGUUACUGGAGGAAGCAGCGCUGUCACUGGCAGCAUGGACUGUCGAAUUAAAGUCUGGGAUCUCAGUCAGGAGACUGCUGUCACUACUUACAAUGUGCACACGCAGCCAGUCAGCUGUGUUGCUUGCAGUCCUACAGACGAGUCUCUCUUCAUCUCCUGUGGUCAAGAUGGCCGUGUGCUGAUGUGGGACAGGAGAAAGCCAAACAAACCAGCCUCAAGAAUAGAUGUAGAGUCCGCCAACUGCUCACCUACCACUGUAGCCUGGCACCCCCACCACAGAAGCACCAUUGCUUUUGGUGAUGAGUUGGGCAGAGUGACAGUGAAGGAUUUCCUGGGAACAGAGCCGGCCCAGGUGGAGAACGUCCACAGCCGUAGAGUCAAUGGGCUGGCCUUCUCUACACAUAGUGCCUCCUUGCUCGCUUCCAUAAGUGAUGAUUGUUCACUCGUUGUUUUGAACUGUGAACUGCGAGAAAUACUCAAAGAUCGGCAACACCAGGACUUUGUCAAAGGUGUGUGUUGGCUCCAUGGUGGUUCCAACACACUCACAACCGUAGGCUGGGAUCACCUUGUGCUUCACCACAUGGUGGAUCCAGCUGCUGAAGUCCCCAACUCUUCCUCUUAGACGCGCACGCACACACACACACACACACACACACACACACACACACACACACACACACACACCUUGGAAAGAGCAGCACAUUUUAUGAUUACUACUUCCCCCCCCUAUUUUUAAAGGGGUUUCCAUAAUAUCUAAAGUUAAAUCUGUCAGUCAGGAAGUAUGGAUUAAAGUGUGUCAUGGUCAUUUAGUAUUCCACAUAUGUGCAGAAUAUUUGGACUUUUGCUCUCCCAGUCCUGGCCUCAGUGCAUUGCUACGUACUCUCUAUCCACGUCUUUCAUUCUGUAUAUGUCCAUGUGUAAUUACACUUAAGGCAACCCAUUUGUAUGGCAUAAUUUUACAUUAAAGGUAACUUAAUGUUGAUGGCAAGA